GUGAAAUCGUAAACAUGGCGGAAUCUCCGACAAGGCUAGCUGCUGGAAUCGGAAAAAACGAAGUGUAUUUCACCUUGAUUAGGCAUGAGUCAUGCAGAUGGUUUCUGGAGAAAGAUGCCCUCCCGAACAGAUGAUGAGGAAGCUGAUGGUGGAAAAAGAAAGCAUAGCAGCAGCGAAGAGGAGGAUAUCGAUGGAGUAGCUUUGGAAGAUGCUGAGCCUAAGAAGAUGAAAGUUUCAAUGGGCUUCAGCAAAACAUUUGGAAGCGUCAAAAGUGUGGGACUUACAGAAAAGAAAGGACCAGCACCAAUCACCAUAAAACUUGGAGCUCAGAAGACCAAGGAAAGCAAGCCUGUGCUACAAAAAACAAGUGCCUCUGUUGCUUCAGCAUUUAAUCAAGAAAGUGAUGAAGAAGAAAUGCCUCCAGAAGCUAAAAUGAGGAUGAGAAACAUUGGAAGAGAUACUCCAACAUCUGCUGGUCCAAAUUCAUUUGGGAAAACUCGCCAAGGAUUUUGUGAUUCCAAAAAAGUGUUUGAAAGGCAAUUGAGAGAAAAAAUUGAAGAACUUUCAGAGAAAUGAGUUUCAUCAAAUCCUUAGCCAUCUGUAUAUUUUGGACACCGUAUUUGUUUAAAAAACAUCUGUGUAGAUAUAGCAAAAUUUCAUCUGCGCCAACUUCUGAAACACUGGAUUUCGCUUAGACAUUACAAUCCGCAUUUAAUUUAGCUUUACCUUGAUUAAAUGAAAGUCUUUACGUCUGGUAUUAUUAAAGCAGUAAAGAACAAGGUGGUGGGGGAUUUCAUUUUACGCACAUUUUAACUAGCUUUUAAUUUAUACGUCCAAUUUAUUUAAAGCUAAUUUUUGUAUGGUACAAAGUUUGUGUAUAGCUAUUCUUUUUCCUCAGCUUUUCAUUUUAAGAUUUUUAUUGGUAAUUUAAGAAUAGGUAAAUAUACUUUAAUGAAUUUUGUUCUCUCAGGAAUUCAUUAAAUGUUUAAAUACUGUGCGCAGUAUUGUAUCAUUUGAAUAAUGCAUAACUGCUUGUACAAGUGUUUUCAGGGCUUUCAAAGUUCAUGCUUGAUUCUUUGUUUCAUUGUUUUAUUAAGUGAAGGAAAAAAAAUCCUUUGAAUGUGUAUGAUGUGUCACUGUUGUAUAAAAAUCUCAUUCACAAUCAAUUGCAUCCACUAUCCCUCAUUUUCUUUUGUUAUACAGAUGUUUUGUUUUUUUUAAACGUCAACAUCACUGUGCAUUAUUGAAACUGUAAAUUCAAUGAAAAUUAUCCUGUUGUGGCCAUUUAAAAAUAAAGAUAUUUG